CCCCUGGGGGCGGCAGGAGGGGGACUGUCGGCUGCCAGCGCCUCCCCUCCCUGCCGGAGUAGGGCCGAGAGGCGGUCGGGUUGCACGGGGUGCGAAACGAGGCGAGAGUCAGAGUUAGUGCCAUAUGACGGAGCCAAAAUGUUGGAGGACAUCAAGAAGCGGUUUGAAUUUCCUAAUGUGGUUAUUCAGUCACAGGCGGUGAGUCAUCUGAUUGCUGCAGUACUGAAAGAAAAUGUCUCUUCACAGAAGAUCAGACAGGCGUCUGACAAGACUCCUGCUCUGAACCUGCUCUGGGAGAAGUGCUGCAGUGAGGAUGUUGCCUUGCGAACAGCCUGCUCUGAAGGCUUGGUGGCACUUGUUGCAGAGGAACAUGCUGAGCUUGAUUAUGUUCUUCAUGGAGCUCUCAACCUAAUUCCCUCAGCAAGGAAUGUGCAUGGUUUAGUAAAAACUAUUUCAAAAUUACUACAAAUUCAAGCUCUUAAACUGGAAAAAGAUGGAGAUGAAGCUGUUUGGAAUCUUUAUGGAAUCAGGAACAUCCCUCAUCCCUUCAUCACUGUCCUUGAAAAUAGACCUGACUGCUGGCCACUUCUGCUGCAGCAGUUAAUAGUAUUUUUCCACCAGUGUCCAGAAUGGGCACAGAGUUCAUGUGUUGGCAUAAUGACUCCAUUUAUAAGAUACCUGUAUUGUGAACCAUCUCAGUCACGGGAAUAUGCUGAACUGAGAAUGGGUUUACUUAAGAUCUUACUUCAGGCUCAUGGUCCAAAGCAAGAAGCAGCACCCUCUGUGAUGGAAUGCCAGAUUCUUCAGCUUCUGUGUGAUUUGAUUCCACACCUUCAGUUUAAAGAUUUAAUGCAAGUUACAGAAGCCUCGUUUUUUCUGCAAGAGCUAUUCCUCAGCCUACUGCAAUAUCCUGUGUUUUGGAAAGAUCAAUUACCCCAGUUUUGUCUGCAACUGUUAUGCUUCUGUGAAGUGUGUUUGAAUGUAACAGGAGAGUGCUCAUCUUUGGUCUCCUUAAUAGAGGACAACCUUGAGCUUUUAGAAAAGGUAUUUCCAGUGGAACAGUAUAUAGUUGGGCUAGCCCUUUUGCUGCUGCAAACACCAGACAGUCAGCAGAAAUCUCUUUUGAGUCUAGCCUGCAAGCUCCUUUCCUGCUCAGAAACAAUGAACAUUUCCACCACAGCCCUUGUUUUGAUUAUGCCUGUGCUCCAGAUCUUAUCUUCUACAACAGUUGGAGACUGCCUGUUAGGGGAUGUUACGGGAACUACCAGACAGCAGCUGGCUGUAAAUCUCUUGGGAUUAUUACAGGGGGAGCAUGUGAAGAAUAAAAAGGAAUCGGUGUCCUGCAAACUCCUUUGCCCCAUAACCAGCUCUUACAGUGCAUUGUAUACCACCUGGAAAAUCAUAGAGCUCAUGAAGGAGAAGUCUGCAGUUACCAACUGGUUGUCUUCAGUGAAAUCAUUGCUGCCUGUUACCACUGAAGUCCCUGCCCAUGUUUUUCUUCUGCUGGCUUAUUUAGUGAUCCAGGAAAGUGGAGAGAGUCUUCAUGAUGUACUCCAGGCUACUACAGAAAUAGCCAAGGCUGAUUUUUCUCAGGUCCCAAGUCUGAUCUCAGUUCUGAUAUUUAAGUUGGGAAGACCUUUGGAGCCUGUAUUGUACAGGGAUAUACUGUAUACAUUGCCUACAUUGGGUGUACACAAGGUGUGUGUAGCUCAGAUUCUGCGUGCCAUACACAUUCUGGGGAACACACCAAAGCUUAGAGCAAUUGCCUUGCGACUGAUGACAUGUUUAUGGGAAAGACAGGAUCGAAUUUACCCAGAAUUGCAGAAGUUCUUGGCGAUGUCUGAUAUGCUCUCUUUGUCUGUUGACAAAGAUGCUCAGUGGGAAAAGCUGGUUGCUAAAGCUGCUUGUAUAAGAGAUAUUUGUAGGCAUAGGCCAUACCAACACGGAGCAGAUAUGUUGGCUGCAGUUUCCCAGGUACUAAAUGAAUGCACAAGACCUGAUCAAGCUACACCUGCUGCCUUAGUGUUGCAGGGUCUUCGGGCACUUUGUGAGGCUGAGGUUGUUUGCAUCCGUUCUACAUGGAAUGCCUUGUCACCAAAGCUGAGUUGUGAUACAAGACCCCUAAUUUUAAAAGCUCUGAAUGAAUUGUUUGCCCUGGUUCCCUCAUUAACAGUGAAUACAAAUGAAUAUGAGAAAUUCAAAGCUCAAGUUAUCAGCUUCCUUUGGAACAACACACAAAACAAGGAUGCUCUUGUAGCCAUUUCAGCCUAUAAAUCGCUCUCGUCAUUUGGCUCUGAAGAACAUAGAAUUCUUCAUCUUCCUGAACAGGCACGAUUGGAAGUUGACUCACAGGAGGCAGACAUGAAUGAAGAUGGAGAGGAGGAGACAGAUAUUUUUGUUCCAGGUUCUUCAUACAUCAAACUGUUGUCUAUAACACCAGCUUCUGUUUUAGGAGCGUUUGAAGAGUUUGCAGCAUCACUUGUAAAACAGGAGAUGACCAACAUGCCCCGUGGUGUGUAUCACUCUGCCUUGAGAGGAGGAGGGUCCAUACGCACAGACCGGGGGAAGACUGUCGCUGGUGUUCCAAAUUUCAUGCUGAAAAUGUAUGAGAGGAAUGAGCAACCAGGCAUGACAGCAGGCCUUGCAGCUGGCUUGUUGUUUUGUUACGACCUCCCAGUCCACAUGGGCAAAGAUGGCAAGCCCAUUCCUCGGUUUCUGGCCAGCCGGGGCCGCAGUUUCCAGCAGAUGUUGGCGCACCUCAUCCACAAGGUCAACAUUCAGCCUUCUGAAUGGCACCGCUCCAUGCUGCUGCCUCAGGCCUGGUUAGGAUUUUUGAGUCGAACCUACAGUGCAGUCCUUCAGGGGAGGCAGGCAGAGCUGGAUAUGCAGUUAAAACAUGGAAAAGACAACCCCGAAGAGGUGCAGUACAAAAAAUUCACAGCCUGGCUCUGGGUCAGAGAUAUGUUGACUGAUGUCAUCAAGGUUGCUUCCAAAGAGAGCCCAGUGGUGAAGGGAAAUUCUAUUUUUGCCUUAACUGGACUUGCUGUUGCUGUAGCCAAACACGAAAGCAGCCUUUCCUCAGACACUGAAGGGGUGCCUGAGACUGAACCUGAUUUUCUUCCCACAACGCAAUGGAUUUCUAUGGUCACAGAGACUCUCCUUAGUAUUGUUAAUAGCCGCUAUCAGCCUAAAGGUCAAGUCUUCCCAUGGUUCUAUCAGAAAUCCUAUUCAGGUGAAAAUACUGCGAGUAUUAUCGCUCGUUCCUGUGCAGCCACUGCUUUGUCUCUCCUGGUGCCAGUUUUCGUAGUGUCAUGCAAGGAGAGGAUUGAGGAGGUCCUGAAUAUGCUGACUGACAGAUUACCUGGGAAGCCAAAUGCUGAUGAGUCUCAGGCUCUUCAAGUCCACGUGGGCCUUGGUUUGGGGAUGUUUAUCUCACGUUUGUAUGAAGAAAAAGUAAGUGAUGUAUCUGGUCAACAGAUUAAUUUAGUCCUAAUGAAGUCCCUGGAUGCACUAGAAGACUGCUGCUUUGACACCAGUCUGGAGUAUAACACUGGAUGUAUUUUGGGACUAGGACUUGUUCUUGCACUUAUGAGUUACAGUAGCCAAACAGAAUCACGAGUGCAUGUUUCCGCUUCAUUGAGAAAACUCUGCAAAUUUCUGGAUACCAGUGAGAACCAAAGCAGAUGGGUCCAGGAGGUUCUUGCCUAUUCUGUGGCCUGCUCCUGUGUCUCUGCUUUCAGUGUUGGAAUCAUAGAAGCAGCUGAGGCUGAGGAGGCCAUGAACAAGUUACGGACCUUAGUGGAAAAUAAUCAGCAGACCCAUAGUUUUGCCUUAGCUCUAGGUGCAAUAGUACAUGGAUUGUCAGUUUGUGGUCAUGGGAGAGCAGAAGAUCUGAGUCACAGACUAAUGACUGCCUGGAUAAAAGUUGUGCUUGCAGAGGGUUCUCCAACAAUGCAGCGUCUGGCUGCUGUCAAUGGGCUGGUUGCAUUGGUGGGCUCUGAAGAAGUUAUGAUACAGCUGAAAUCUGAAAGCAUUCAGUCCUCCCAGUUUCAAAGUAAGCUGAAUGAAGUCAUCAGAACUAUUACACAGCUCAUCAGUUUUUCAGGGCAGAUUGGCCUUCAGACAAAUGCAGCAGGACUUCUGGGGUGCCUUCAUAUGUCCUGUUCUUCUUCUACUCAGAAUAGGUCAUCCGUUCCUCCAGAUUUUAGCUACUUGCCUAAAACCAGCUUUAUCAGAGCAGCUAUCGACUUUGCCAUUGAAAGUGGAAAGAAAGGCCCAGAAUCUGUCGAGGCUGAGCUGGUGAAAGUAGUGAUGGCACCCAUUGCAUUAGUUGGAGAAAGCCAUCAGUAUCCACCUGUAAACUGGGCAUCUAUUCUAGCUCCUUUGAUGAGGCUAAACUUUGGUGAUGAGGUAAAAUAUCUCUGCCUUCAAGUGGCUGUGACACAGGCCCAGUCAUCUCAAAAUGCAGCAAUGCUUUUGGGGAUGUGGGUCACACCUCCCCUUGUCUACAGUCUCAGUAUGAAAACUCAGGAAUACCUUUUCAAGUCCCUGGCUCUGUGGAUGAAACAUGUUGCAGAAGACAAACUACAGUCUUUUACAAAAGUGUUUCUGAUACAACAAUUUGAAGUGAAGAACCACACAAAAACCCCAGAAAUUUGCCAGUGUAUUUUACAGGGGCUCAUGCAAGCAAUGAAACUCCCCAACCCUGCCCCAUACUGCUGGAGCUCUCUGUGCCAGGCUGUGGAGAAAAUAUUUGAGCUCCUACCAAAUGAGAUUCAGAGAGGCAAACUGGAGAUGUAUAUUGACACAGCAAAAUGUAUCUCAGAAAUGUCUGAUUCAGAGAUUGAGCGCAUUGUCCAGUUCUCAGAGAACAAUAUAGAGAAGGUCACAUUCAUGAAAGUGUAUUUAAUUUCUCAAGGCAGACUGCCUCUCUUGAACUUUACUGCCGUGAUUGAUACUGUUGCACCAGGUGGCCAGAAGGAUGGUAUUUUAUGGAUGCUUUUGCAUGGUUUGUAUCACACUCGUAUUGUGAGCCACGAAAACACAGGAGUGCUGAAAAGAAGGGACUGGCUGCUAGACCUCAUGGGCUACAUCAGAAAUUUAGCAUACAAGUCAACAGUCUCAGGACAUGUUGGUCUUAAAGAGUCCGUAGAUUUCCUCCUGUGGCUUUUUGCAGCUUUGGUGGUGGCCUGGGCUGACCAUGGUACACCAUUACUGCUUGGCCUCAGUGCUGACUGGUCCCCAUGGAAGCACCAAGCAGUAUUACCAGAAUUACCUGAGGAUCACAUUGGCAAUCACCCCAUUGACAAGCUUGCCAUGCAAGAGAUUCUCACACUUCUUCCAAGGAGUAUCUCCCUUUUGCUGGCUAAAGAGCCUUGGAAGGAACACACAGCAAAGUUUAUUGACUGGAUGAUCGAUAUGCUGGGAAGUCCUGAGGAAGUAUUGUCAAAAACUUCUGUGGACCUGCUGAAAGUUACACUUCUGGCCUUAAGAUCUCUUGCAGAGUUCAAGAAGAAAGCAGUGUGGACUAAAGCCUAUGGGUGGUAGCUGCAUACCAUACGUUACUCAGUGGAAAAUACUUGAUACUGGAGUGAUAAGAUUACUACAUAGGCAUCAGAAAGACCAGUUUCAAAGAGAUUUCCUACCAGAAGAUUUUUUCAUUUUUUAAAAUCCUUUUACCUUCUCCCAAAACUCGGAAGAUGAAAAAGAAUAUUUUGUUUUCACUGAUAAGUUGUUGUUCUUUUACAAACUACUUAUGACUUGAGCUGUGCUGAAUCUAAAUGUUCACAUUCAGUUUUUUCAAUUGAGUUCUUUCCUUGACACCUGGGAACCUUGAUAGCUGGAGCAGAAUAUUCUUUCAACUCAUGAAAGCUUUGUAGGAAUGAGUGGGAAAAAAACCUUGUAAAAUUAGUUUGGGUGUUGCCUACUUACUAAAGUAUGUUUUAGUGCAAUAGGCUUCUGAAUGAGCAUUAAUUUUUAACUGAUAAGCCUUUUUUAGUAAUAACAUGGUGCCCUUAAGAACUAGCAACUACACACUGAAAGUAUGUAAUGUGAGCAGGGUUUCUCAAAGGGGCAGUAUGCUUAUUAAUUUUCCACUGACUUUAUUAAGAUCACUGAAAUAAGUCAGUUAUCCAAAUGGCUACUUUGUCCCCAGCUCCAGGAUGGCUACAUUUUUCUUUAAAUUUCUGGUUUUGCCUCCUU